AUGCAGCCACAACAUAUCACAAAUCAAUACUUUGCGUACCAACCCCAGGUUCAUCUUCAUAUAAUACAGCCGAAUAGAGUGCAGAAUGUAUCACAGGUACAAGCGCGAAAUCAAGAAGUAUAUCGGCAACACCGCGGUGAUAUAUCAAGGAAGUUCAAGGCUAUUGGUGUGGUGUACUUCUCCCUGGGUGUUCUUUUGAUGUUCAUUGGAGCGUUAGCUAUUUACUACGGAGCCCCGGAUAUACCAUAUGUAAUCCCUGUCCAUAUUGUUACCGCUAUCAUGUUGUGUGCCGCCGGGAUAUGCUCUUACCUGGCUGGAAGACGAACACAGACAGAAGAUUCAGUAUCUCCACAAAUCAAAUGCUUGGUGUCUACGAUAUUCUGUCUGACCAUUGGAAUGAUAUCAUUUUGUUUCGUGACAGCAGGUAUAAAUGGAGCAAUGGGCAUCGCUUUUUGUUUUGGUAUAGAAUACUCGCGGUCAGGAAGUGUUCAGAAUGUUAACGACAUGUGUACAAAAAACAAAGAUCAGAACGUUAUUAUGUCCAGUGUGAUCAUCGGUGUAAGCGUUCUGGGAGGACUAUUCUGUAUUCUGGUUACUUGUUUCUUUUGUGUGUUUCGCCGGAUUUUUGGCUUACAAAAGGAACGUCCACGGAGACAAAUACUUUUUUAG